AUGGCGCUUCCAGCAGCGCAGUCACUCCCUUUGCUCGCGUGGUCCAAGCUGGUCAACGACGCCGUCACAGAACCGUACCUGGACGAAGUCUUUCAUGUUCGCCAAGCGCAGAAUUAUUGCCAGAACCGCUUCGAUGUCUGGGAUCCAAAGAUCACGACCCCACCUGGUCUCUAUCUGCUUUCGUACAUUGUCUCGCCAGUCGUGGGAUGCGACAUCUUCUGGCUUCGAAGUUUGAACGUGUUCUGCCUUGUCGCACUACAGGCUGUGGUGACAUGGACAUACCCUCUACGCAAACCGGGCGGCUAUGAUCACUGGGCUUCUCAGCACAGUGCACUAAAUGUGACACUCUUUCCUCCGCUGUUCUUCUUUGCGGCGUUGUACUACACGGAUGUACCUUCGACAUUAUCCGUCCUGAUAUUCUACUGGUUAUUUCUACACUUCAGCGGCCCCAGAAAGUUUUCACCGCUACGGACGCCUGCACUGGUGCUUUCAGGCAUCAGCAGCCUGUUCUUCCGGCAGACGAACAUCUUCUGGGUGGCCAUCUUUCCAGCGGGAUUGGUGCUAGUGAACGAGCUAGACCGCGCUCAUGAUGCCGUCAAAAACUCGAUGUACAGACGGGAAGAAGGUUUUGGAGAUACGUGGACGAGCAUCGUCCGGACCAGCUGGAAGAUGAGCGCUGUCUACGACCCAGCGGUCAGGAAUGCUUCCAUCAGCGGUACAAACCUUCCUUCCCUUCAAGCCUUACAGUAUUCUAACACGCAACCAGACUACGGCAAAACAGCCAUCUCCAUCGCCACACUCUGCCUCAAACUCCCCACCCACCCCACCCGCCUCGCCCACACCCUCCAAGCCCUCCUACCCUACAUCAUCACAACCCUCACCUUCACCAUCCUCAUCCACUUCAACGGCUCCGUCGUCCUGGGCGACAAAUCUAACCACACCGCCACCCUCCACCUCCCGCAACUCCUCUACCUCUGGCCCUACCUCACCUUCUUCUCCUGGCCCCUGCUCUACCCCUACCUCCUCACCAUCCCCUUCGGCCUCUUCGCCCAGCUCCCCGCCGUCGCCACGCUGGAGGCGAUGCUCAUGUUCAAGCGCCGGCGCUUGGGGCCGCAGUACUGGCUCCUGGGGAUUUGUGUCGGGGUGGCGUGCGCGGUGGUGCAUUUCAACACUAUCGUGCAUCCGUUCACGCUGGCGGAUAAUCGACAUUAUACUUUUUAUGUUUUUCGGAGGCUGAUGAAUCCGUGGUGGGUGAAGUUUGCCGUGACGCCGGUCUAUGUGCUCUGUGCUUGGGCGUGCAUGCAGGCGAUGGGGGCGAGGCCGCUGGACGUUAGUGUCUACAAAGACCCUGCAGGAAAGAAGAACGAGGACAAAUCAUCUCAGCAGUCUGAAGACCGACACAAACCGCCUACCCUCCCCGACGGAUCAAGCGGCGCAACAACCUCCUUCGUCCUCAUCUGGCUCGCGACAACCACACUGCAGCUCGUCACCGCACCGCUGGUGGAGCCGCGCUAUCUCAUCCUCCCCUGGAUAUUCUGGCGCAUCCACGUCCCGCUCCAGAACGGCUCCGCGCAGCUGGCCAGAACGGAUUUGACAUUUCGAGAGCGGCUCAAGACAGUUGAUCAUCGUCUUUUGCUUGAGACGGUGUGGUUAUUGCUCAUCAACGCCGGCACGGGGUACAUGUUCCUGUACCAGGGGUUCGAGUGGCCGCAGGAGCCGGGGAGGGUGCAGAGGUUUAUGUGGUGA